AUGACAGGUGCUAUUGUGGAAGAAGAGCCACUAAUGCCAAUAUUUGAUAAGUCAACAAUUAAUGUGACGACAGUUGCCGGGGAAACUGUAUACUUGCCAUGUGCUGUUGAACGCAAAGGUGAACAUAAUUUGAUAUGGCUUAAUCCGAGAAAAACAUUGAUCAGUCAAGAGGACAGUCGAUUUAUUGAUGACUCGAGAAUAAGUGUUGAGCGCCCUAAGAUUAAAGACUGGAAUCUAAUGAUAAGGGAAGUUCGAUACAAUGACAGUGGAGUGUAUAUGUGUCAGAUAAACACAAAACCAAUUGUUGAAAUCAAAAGAAUCAAUCUUUUUGUGAAAGUGCCACCAGAAAUUUUAGAGUACUGGACGAGCACUAAAUUAGAAGUGACAGAGGGUACAACAGUUGACCUGAUGUGUAACGCUACUGGUGUUCCACCCCCAGUUGUCACGUGGUAUAAGCAGAGUAAUCUGUUAAAAGGUGCUGAUCAGAAUAGUGGUGGCGAGGAAAGCACUUUGAUUGGCGAAGUAUUGCUUUUACACAACAUAAGCAGAUAUUGUGACGGGACUUACGAAUGCUAUGCUGAAAAUGGAGUUCUACCAAUUGCAAAACGACAAUUUGAAGUCACAGUUUUAUAUCCACCCGAGGUAACCCUUCCAACAAAACGUAUUGGUCAGUCUGUUGGGAAAGAAACCAUUCUACAAUGUAAAGUAUCAGCUUCGCCUCAGGAAUCCAUCAUCUGGACCAAAAAUGGAUCAGCGCUGCCUCAAACAUACAAAUACUGGACUGAAUUAUAUGAUGAAGGCCAUCAUGAAAAGACUUUACAUCUAAAUAUAAUAGACCUUGAUAAAGAAGACUUUGGUUAUUAUUCUUGUGAGGCGUCAAAUACCCUAGGAAGGGACAGGGAGACUAUGCUUUUGUAUGAAUAUAAAAUUAUAAAACCACGACCAAGAGUUACAACGCCAGAGUGGCGACCAUUACCAGGUACAACAGAUGGCAACUAUGAUUACAAAAGCGUAAUUGCACCAUAUUAUCCCCAGAGUAACAAAGAGAAGUUUGGCUACAACUAUGACCCCCAGUACGAUGCUGCUGUUUCAGUGUGGAUAUAUUGUGAUACCAUACGUAUUGUAACCGUUGCAUUAAUUACAUUAAUUAACCAGAGUUUAAUCAGAUAAAUAUGUUCCAUCUGUGUGUAAAGUGGAAUGAAACAAAAAAUAUUGUAUACAAAAUGUCGAGAUGUUUUCAUGAAUGAGGAAUUAAGUUUUAAAUUUGCUGUAAACUUGUAUGCAUAAAUGCGUUAAAAAUUCGGAGAAAUAUAUGUGUGUACAUUUCUGGUCUUAACACGUAUUGUGUUAACAUGUUUAGUAUGCCUUAUAAAAUAUAAAUGGAUAUAAGCGUGAUCAGUAAUAAAUCGAUUUAGAAUUAGUAAAUAGAACAAGUAAAUAGAGUAAUUGAUUCCAAAACUGAUGUGCUUGUUAAACUGUUCUUAUCAAUGUGGCAUGCUAAUGAUAUAAGAAAAAGAAUGGAAGCAGAAAAUAUGAAAUAAGUAAUUGUUGAUGGAUAUUACCUCAAAGGCUGAAAACACACGGUGUUGAUUGAGUCAACAAUUUUGUCUUGUUUUGAAUAGGGCAGCAGCAAUUACAUCAUGAACAUUUACGACAAAUGGUUAUAAAAUUAACUUCUGUUUUUAAGCGAACUUUAACUGCAAUUUCGUAUUUGAAAAUGAAAUUAACGUGUUAAAAUGGGUGAAAUAUUUGCGGCAAUUGGUGAAUGAUGUUUUUUUGUCUAACAAGUACCAUACUGCUUUGUCAAAUGCGAAUUAGCAUGUACAACAAUACGGUAGUGUAAUUAUGUAAAAUAUGUUGAUCGCAUUCGUGUAAGUACAACAUUUGGACCUAGAGGGCAUUCUUAGCCAUGUUAUAUCUGUUAACUAUGUUAAUUCAAGGAAAUGUGGUCAACAUUCUUUAAGAAAUAUAUAUCAGAUUUAUUUUUUUUCUCCUUCAAUAAUAUUUCACCGUAUAGGUCAAUUAAAAAUGUCCGUUUUUUUAUAAAUAUUAAAGGAAUAUAAGUGUACAUUGUAUUGUGAGGGACAAUGUUAACUGUGUACAAAUGUGUUUGACAAUAAAGUCGUUUAUGAUGUCUGUGGCGCCGUUAUAUGUCGCAACGCCGCUAAAUGUCGCACUUGCCGCUAAAUGUCUUACCAUUGACGCGAAAUGUCGCAACCGCCGCUAAAUGUCGCAAAACCAUUUGACGUUAAAUGUCGCAAUGUUAACGUUAAAUGUCGCACGAAUUUCCCUUCCCGUUAAAUGUCGCAACACUACCGUUAAAUGUCGCAAGAUGUAAAUUUAUGUUGAACUCAAGUUUUAUUGUUGUGUCAUAUUAAUUAAAUCUGCCUACUCAAUUUGAAAGCGAGUGAAUUUAUUAUAAAUGGAACUGCGCUGCAAUUUAUCCGGCGAUAAUACUCAUCUUGUAAAUAAAUGUAUAUUGUUUUGCGUUUGAUUUUUAGCUGAUCUUAUGCAAGUACAUAUUGAUAAUUAUACAAUUGUCUACUAUUUGUAUGAAACUGCAAAAUUGGCAUUGUUCUGUAAAUAGUUUAGUACAAUUGUGUCUGUAAAAUGGCAGAAAAGACAGGCUGCCUGAGGUGGCAGUCUGAUGGCCUAGUUGACUGAGGAGGCAAAUUGUCUCGCUGUCGGAAGAGGAAGCCUAAAUUGCUGACGACCUGGACCUUAAGAGUUUGCCUAACGCCCUGUAAGCCUAACGUUGGUAGCCUAGUAUCCUGAGGUGGCCGCCUAACAUCCUAACAGCCUAUCGAUGUCAGCUUUGCAACCUGAAGUUGGCAAUCUAACAGCUUAGAGUCGGCAGCCUAGUAGCUAAGCUUAAAGUUAGUGACUUAUAUUAUAAAUAUGGAAACAAUUUAAAAUACAGUUAAAUCACUAUGAAAGGUCAUGCAAAAGCACAUACACAUGUAUGAUUAUGGGAAACAAAACGCCUUUACCUUUAGGGCACUUAACUAUGUAGUCUAAUAGCCUAAAGCUGGCAGUCUAGGAGCCUGGCAGCCUAAAGUUGGUGUCAUGUUAUAAAAAAUGGAACGAUCAAAAUAAUAAAACGGCAAGUUGGGUUUUUCCUAAAAUCUACUAGUACAAAGGGCUUCAUAAUUUACACAUUUAUUUAUCAAUACAAUAAACUUGAUCAUGGCAAGUAACAUAAUUAUUGCAUAAAUUUUAAUCAAGUUAUUGCCAUUUUCAGCAGUUUGAGAAUGAAUAUCAUUAACCUGAACCAGCAAGUUGGAUUUAUUUAAGUACUGUCUAUACUUAUUGCUUCAUAAUUUCCACACUUACUUAUUUAGAAAAAGUUCAUGAUAUUGCCAUCCAUUUUCCCAAGUUAUAUUCCUUUUUUCACUUUGAAAAUAGGACCUUGUAUGGUUAACCUAUUCCGGUAAGUUGGAUUUAUCUUAAAAAUUUAUUUAAUGAUAUCUUCCAUAUCUGGUAGGUGGAUACCAUUAAUGGCCGUGUAUUUGUUAUGGAGUAAGGGGUCUGUAGUGUCAAGGUCACUGGUGUGAUUUUUUUACAUUAAGCCUUUAUUGUUAAGAUUAUGUAUUUCAUGUUUAAUACAAACGUGCCAAGGGAGGUCCUCUUCCAUUGGGUUUAGUUGGGGUCCUGUGGGUAAAGGCCAAAGUCACCAAAUGCCAAAAAUAGAUUUUAACAUUUUUACAGGUGUUUUAACAUUAUUCUUUUGAGAGAUGACUUUUAUAUUUGUAGGAACAUAAAAUUGAAGUCUUCUUCUUUGGAUGGAGUUAUGGUUCAGUUCUGUCAAGGUCACCAGUUCUAAAAUAGAUUUCUACCUUUUUACAGCCUUUAUUUAUUGACUGAUGUAUUUCAUAUUUGGAAGGUAGAUAACUUGCAUGGUAUUCUUCCUUUAUAUUGAGUAAGGGAUCAAUGGGUCAUUGUCACAAAUGCUAAAAUAGAUUUUAAUUUGCAGGAUGAAGUUCACACAAACAGUUUAUGCUUUUAUCAAAUUUGCUAGUCGUAUGCGUGUUUUUAUUUUCAUUUUAACGCCAGAAAGGCAGUGGUCAUUCAUAUUAUUGUUGCAAUAAAUUAAAAAGAUGUUUUCUUUACACAUCUGUUCCAUUUUUUUGUUUUGAAAAAUAAAGUUCUUAAAAUUAUCUUAAAAUAGAUACACUAUUGUGCGUAUGUUUGUAUUUAUGGUCAUUUGAACUUCACUAUGGCGUACUCGACAUGCGCAUUUUAGGACGAACAUAAAAGUGGUUACAGAUGUCUAACAAAUAUCGUCGUUACAUAUGUACGAGUAUAAUUCAUGUCUUUUAUUUUAUGCUUUUCAGUGGAUUACUGAUUUAUCCGUGAAAAUUAUAUUUGAUAAUUUCACAGUGAAAAUUAUCAAAAUAUAAUUUCACUUUUUUCAAUGACGAAACUACUUUUUUAAGAUUUUUCCCAUGUGGUACCUCAAUUUUAUUUUUACUGACAAUUCUGACAAUAUCAGGCUGUUAAAAAAAAAUAGCAAAUCUGAAAUAGAUAAAUAACUUAAAUGUCAAAAGUAAUAAAGAGAGAAAACUUACUUAUAUUCCUUCAAAUUCCAAUCACAAAAUUUCGUCUCUAAAUUUUUUUGUUUCGUUUUUACAGUCUGAAAAAUACAUUCCUUCCCCAUGCUAAAACUGCUCUUGAUGACAUUUGGGCAUAUUAAAGUAUCCUACGAGCAAUAACUGCCGUAUGCUUUAUGAAAAAUUGAAAAGCAUUGACAGCCAUCACUCGUAAAAUAAGUAAAACAACCCAGCGUUCCUUACAAUGCCUUAGGCUUAGCAAGCUUCCAAGUUUUCCAUUUUCCUAGCUCCUUUUCUGAAUGUUUUCACUUCUGUCAACACUUAUUUUUUGUCUGUUACAAUCCUCAAAUAAGUCUUCUUUCUUUUAAAAAGGUGUAUGACUAACAAAUCCAAAUUAUAUCCUUCUGAAUCUUACACAAUUAUUUUCCUCCCAUGAAAUACACAACUUUAAAAAAUGGCUGCCGCUUACAUUUUACAAAGGCAGGUCUAAUAUAAAUUCGCAGUA